AUGAAAAUAGGCAUUGUGGUUUUCUGUCUUUUGUGUUGCUGCUUUGAAGCUUUGCAUGGUGUUGGCCAGUGUCCAUCCAUUUCAUCCUGCACUACUUCUUGCACAGAGAAUAUCACCAACCAUUCUCGACUCAAAGAUGAAUUUCCAAGAGAAAAUUUUACGCUGAAUUGCCCUUUGCCCAGCAAUGUGAAAGGUUUCUAUAUGAAGCUGUAUAAGGGCCAGAGCAAUCAAGAAGAAUGUUCUCUUUAUGUAGACAAUGGAAAAAACAACUCUGAAAGAACAAAUAAAUUCUGUGAACCAAUCCAUUCAGAUGAAAAGGUAUCAUUCAUUCUCAGAAAUUUAAAAAGCAAGGAUAGUGAUACUUAUAUCUGUUGCCUAGAAGUUCUUACUCCAGUCUAUCGUUGUUGCAAAUCGAAUGAAAAGCAUCUCUAUGUUCAAGAUUCAGAAAAACCUUCUUUCCCAGAUUCAGAAAAACCUUGCUGGCUAUCGGAAUCUACGUCAUGGAUGCUUAUUGGGCUCGUAGUUUUUUUAUCUGUUGCCUGCAUCUUUUCUUCAAUAAGGUGUUUUAGAAGUGCGGUUUGCCAACGUGCCAAGAGUUAUGACAACAACACUGAAUACAUGUCCAUGGCGGCAGUAAAACCUAGAUGAAAAUGCAGUAUCCAGAGAUAAUACGUAAAGUGGGUUCCAUGAAGCAGUGAGGUCAAAGUUGACCUUGGACUUAAUUUACUUUUAAGGGGUUGGUUUUCUCUCCUUGCUUAUCUCUUCUUCCUGGACAACCAGCUUUGGCUUCAUCAGAAAAGCUCCUAAAGCAAGAAACUACUUUGAAUUAUUGCAGAGGAGCAACCCAGCACAAGACCUCCAUGCUAUCAAGAUUCUUCUCCGCUUGUUAAUUUUGCAUUCCUCCUUAAUGCCAGUCAGGACUGUCUUGUCCCACUGUUAGCUCUGUUAUGAAUCAAAGACUCAAGGUUUAAUGGAA